AUGGCAGAGUCGAAGCAGUCUACUUUCCAAGCUGUGCCGUCGGGGCGAAUUGUGGUGGUGGGCACACUCCUUCUUGGGGUUACGUCACUCCUGGAGAUCUCCCGGCGUGCCGCGCGCCGCACACGCCGUGAUGCAGUACAGGGAAUCGAAGUGCCCAUGGCAGGUGGGUGGCAGCCCUUGCUAGGGCACUUGUUCCGCCUGCGGCGCUACGUGGCUGGAAAUGCCAGCUUCGCUCCAGGGCGCUGGGCACUGGAUGUCUUGAACCAGGAGGGGCUCAGAGUCUUUUGUGGAGAUUUCCUCGGCAUGAAGAUGAUCAGUGUGGCCGAUACUGCUCUUGCGGAGGAGGUCAGCACAGGAGAGCCUGAUCGAUUCACAAAGGAUUUCCUGAAGUUUUCACCAGGUGGUGAUUUGCUCCUGGAAUCCUUUGGUCGCGGUCUCGUUUUUGCCAGCACGGAGGAUCCCGAGUGGCAAGUGGCUCAUCGAAUCCUUCGAGCACCAUUUUCCUCCAGGGGGGUCAAAGCAAUGGGUCCACUGAUGUGCCAACAGGCCGAUGAGCUUGUGAGGGCCUUACGUCGUGAUGUUGGGCACGGAGGUGUGGCGUAUAUUGACACUUGGGUUACCAAAAUGGCUUUGGAGACUAUUGCAGUCUGCGGCUUGGGUACCUCCCUGGGUUGUUUUGAGUCUUCAGAGACGCCUCCAUUUGUGACGUCUCUCAACAAGCUCAUCAGUUGCUUGAUGAACUUGAGCCGAUGUCCACGGUGGCUGCGCCCAUUUUUGAUGCCUUUCCGUGUGCGAGAGUUCCGCAGAGAGAGCCAGAGGCUCCGGCAGCACUGCCUCGAUUUGAUUGAGAAGCGUGCCGGCAGUUCUGCCGUUGGUGCGCGGAAGGAUCUUCUGGACGUGAUGCUGCUGGAUAGCGACACGAAGAGCGGACGCAAGAUGACGCUUGACAUGGUCACAGACAAUGUGUUGACUUUUCUCUUUGCGGGCCAAGACUCGACUGCAGCUGCCAUGGCUUCGUGCUUGUGCUAUCUUUGCGCACACCCGGCGUGCAAGGCCAAGCUCGUGGAGGAAAUAGAUGAGGUUGUGGGAAAGGGUGCGCUGGAGUGGGACCAUUUUGCUCGGAUGCCAUACCUAGACUCAUGCAUCAAGGAAACCUUGCGGUUGGUUCCGCCAGCCCCGGGAUUCAUACGUUAUCCAAAGGGAGACCAGCUAUUGGGGAAGAAGUGGCGCAUUCCAGGCGGCGUGCCUGUCCUUGUGAACAUAAUGGCCAUCCACUAUGACCCCAAAAUCUGGGGUGAGGACGCUGCCAUGUUCCGGCCAGAGCGUUGGCAGCAGGCUCCUCGAGAGAAGUUUGCUUUUAUCCCCUUCGCACUAGGCCCACGAGCCUGCACUGGAAGGGAGUUUAGCGUGCUGGAGCAGAAGGUGACUCUCGUGAAGCUGUUGCAGCAGUUCGACUUUGAACGACCUGCCCAAGUCCAGCAAAAGCCCGGCUGCACCACCAUCACGAGUGAUCAGAUGAAGCACCCGCCUUUCAUCAGCAUGGAUGUGGAGAUGAAGCAGGACACCGCAUUUCAAGGGCCAGUUUUGGCACAGCAGACGGCAUCGCGUCACACGCCAGACAACAGUCAGUCGAAACGGCUGAACGGAUACCACGGGCAAGCACAGGAAGAGCGAGCAAAGAAGCGCGGGAUGGAGGGCCAUGCAAGUGCAGAGAUCGGCACCGACGAGAGCGAGUCUGGAGAGGGCCGUGUGAUAGAGAAGAGGUCCUUUUUGCCACGCCGAGCGAUGGCGACAAAGCGCCACGAGGGGACACGCACCAAAGUUGGCGCUGUGGCGCUGACAGGGCUGUCAGCCGCCUGUGGCGCCACAUGGCUGGCUUCUGCGUUCGUCGCGCCUGCGGUUCCCCUCCGCCUGCAGCUGCGCAGCGCGCUGGUGGAUGAUCCACUGCAGCAGACCAGCGCACUUCCAGGAAGCGCGGGCGCAGUCAGCCCGGCCGGCAGCUGUCUUGCCAUGGGAGCCGUUGGAGUGGCGGCUGCGGUUGCGGCUGCUGCCCUGCGCAAGGGCCGCUCCAGUCGGGCUGUUCGCCAAGCGGAGCCAGAGCCUGGGCCCCAACCCGGACGAGAGCCGGAAAUCGAUCCGAGAAGGCAAGACCCACCCAACACCGUCCCGCCGGUUCGUAUGCCGAUGGUGGACACGGGCAAGGGUGAGAAGCUGGAUGUGAUGUCCAAGCUACUUGAAGACCGCAUCAUCAUUCUGGGUGGCGAGGUGAAGGAUGAGAUGGCUCAGAUUUUGGUCGCUCAGAUGCUCUACCUGGCCAACACGGAUCCGGACCAAGACAUCACUAUGUACAUCAACUCUCCAGGAGGAUCCGUCUCUGCAGGAAUGGCCAUCUAUGACACCAUGCAGUUCAUUCCGUGUGAUGUGAGCACCGUGUGCUUCGGCAUGGCUGCCUCCAUGGGCUCCUUCCUGCUGUCUGCUGGAACCAAGGGCAAGCGAAAGAGCCUGCCAAACUCUCGCAUUAUGAUCCAUCAGCCCUUGGGCGGAGCACAGGGCCAGGCCGCCGACGUCCGGAUCCAGGCUCGCGAGAUUCUUCACAUGCGUGAAAUUCUCAACAUGCACCUGGCAGAUGCCACCGGGCAGCCGAUUGAUGUUAUCGCCAAGGACUGCGACAGGGACAAUUUCAUGACUCCGGAGGAGGCCAAGGACUAUGGGCUCAUCGAUGAAAUCACGCCAACCAAGGCGUGGCCUCGCAUCCAGAAGCCCAAGCGCCACCGGUGUCACCAGCUGGUGGAUGCAAUGAGUUUCUGUGAGCUUCCUAUUCCUUAUAUGUUUAGUGGAUAUACGAAUCGACAGAGUCGUUUUGAUCACCAGGAUCGGUUCAGGCUAAGCCCUGAGCCCCUUAUGGUUCAAGCACUUGGCCUUCUGCGGCAAGAGCUCUUGCGGCACAAGGACGACGAGGAAGAGAUGCUCUACAGCCGCGCGCAGCUGGCGUUAAUGUACCUGGGCAUCUGCACCCUGCUGCCGUACAACUGCCUUCUAAACGUGCAGCCAUACUUCAAAGAGUAUCCGUUUAAGGACCUGGACUUUCCUUUUACGAGCAUGAUGACAUAUUCCCUAUGCCUUUGCUCUUCCCAGAUCUGGCUGACUUGCAGAGGAGACGGUAUCUCCGUGAACAAGCGAAUGGGCACUGCGCUUAUAUCGCAAGUUCUGGUUUGCUCGGCCUUCUUUGGCUUGACGUGGGCAUCGUCUGGGCCCAGUGCGACGGGAUGGUAUGUGCCGAUGUUAGUUGUCAUCGCCGUCUUGGCCCUGUCGAACAGUAUCCUUCAGACUGGAGUCUUUGGGGUUGCAGGUUCGAUGACCUCUGAGAUGUCUGCAGCGGUCAUGCUUGGCUUGGGUAUGUCCGGUUUAGUGAGUUUCUUUAUUUCGCUUCUGAUACAGGCUGUGCAGCAUGCGAUGAAUCGAGAAAGCGGCGACUCUGCACGUUCUGGCAUGGAGGUUGCCCUGCUCCUGUGGGCUCUAUGCAUCCUGCAAACAAUCACCUCAUGUUGGGUCUAUUUCGUGUACCUCCGGUACCGACUUCCGGAGACUGCAGAAGCCAUCGCCAUGCUGGAGCAGCAGCGAGCGACUCCUUCUGAGGCCUCCGGAAGGGAGAUCUCUUUCCCAGAAGUCGAGCAAAGCUCCACAUCGGACUUCAGCAAAGCUAGCUGGGCUCAGAUCUGGAAGAGGUUGGUGCCCAUCUUUGGAGAAAUUUGGCCUCAGGCAGUGAACGUGUGCUCCGUCUUCAUGGUCACCAUGACAGUGUUUCCGGGUGUGAUGGUGCACUGGGAGCCCAGUGCCAGCAGUCCGUUCGCUAAGGCCACGCAGGUUUAUGGAAACCUCCUCAUCGGCACAUUCCAGGUGGGCGACGUCGUGGGGCGAUCGAUAGCUGGGCCGAUUGGGAGAUGUGUGGGCCCGAAACGAUUAUGGAUCCUGGUCUUGUUGCGUUUUGUCUUCAUUCCACUUUUUAUGCUGGGGCAGCGCUCACCUGAAGCCUGCGUCCUGUGGGGAUCCGAUAUUGGCCGGGUGUGCCUCUGCGCACUUUUUGCCAUCAGCAACGGCUUGCUAGCAAACCUUGCCAUGAUGUACGGCCCGGACUGCUGCAGUACGCAGGAAAAGCGUGAAGUUGCAGGCAUGGCGAUGAGUGCCACGAUGGUGACAGGCAUCUUUGCCGGUACCUUGCUGGCUUUCGUGACGCAGGUCGGAAUCGCAGAGAACGGGCCAAGCCCAGCUCUGGUGAUGUACUGA